GAGAAAAUGGCGGCAGGGGUCCAAGCGGCGGUCGAGGUGGCGGCGACGGAGAUCAAAAUGGAGGAAGAGAGCGGCGCGCCCGGCGUGCCAGCUCCGGGCCCUAAGGGUGAAGGAGAACGACCUGCUCAGAAUGAGAAGAGGAAGGAGAAAAACAUAAAAAGAGGAGGCAAUCGCUUUGACCCAUAUGCCAAUCCAACUAAAAGAUACAGAGCCUUCAUUACAAACAUACCUUUUGACAUGAAAUGGCAGUUACUUAAAGACCUGGUUAAAGAAAAAGUUGGUGAGGUAACAUACGUGGAGCUCUUAAUGGACGCUGAAGGAAAGUCAAGGGGAUGUAUUGUUGUUGAAUUCAAGAUGGAAGAGAGCAUGAAAAAAGCUGCAGAAGUCCUAAACAAGCAUAGUCUGAGUGGAAGACCACUGAAAGUCAAAGAAGAUCCUGAUGGUGAACAUGCCAGGAGAGCAAUGCAAAAGGCUGGAAGACUUGGAAGCACAGUAUUUGUAGCAAAUCUGGAUUAGAAAGUUGGCUGGAAGAAACUGAAGGAAGUAUUUAGUAUGGCUGGUGUGGUGGUCCGAGCAGACAUUCUUGAAGAUAAAGAUGGAAAAAGUCGUGGAAUAGGCACUGUUACUUUUGAACAGUCCAUUGAAGCUGUGCAAGCUAUAUCUAUGUUCAAUGGCCAGCUGCUAUUUGAUAGACCAAUGCACGUCAAGAUGGAUGAGAGGGCCUUACCAAAAGGAGAUUUCUUCCCUCCUGAGCGUCCACAACAACUUCCCCAUGGCCUUGGUGGUAUUGGCAUGGGGUUAGGACCAGGAGGGCAACCCAUUGAUGCCAAUCACCUGAAUAAAGGCAUUGGAAUGGGAAACCUAGGUCCCGCAGGAAUGGGAACGGAAGGCAUAGGAUUUGGAAUAAAUAAGAUGGGAGGAAUGGAGGGGCCCUUUGGUGGUGGUAUGGAAAACAUGGGUCGAUUUGGAUCUGGGAUGAACAUGGGCAGGAUAAAUGAAAGCCUAAGUAAUGCACUGAAGAGAGGAGAGAUCAUUGCAAAGCAGGGAGGAGGUGGAGGUGGAGGAAGCGUCCCUGGGAUCGAGAGGAUGGGUCCUGGCAUUGACCGCCUUGGGGGUGCCGGCAUGGAGCGCAUGGGCGCAGGCCUGGGCCACGGCAUGGAUCGCGUGGGCUCCAAGAUCGAGCGCAUGGGCCUGGUCAUGGACCGCAUGGGCUCCGUGGAGCGUAUGGGCUCCGGCAUUGAGCGCAUGGGCCCGCUGGGCCUUGACCACAUGGCCUCCAGCAUCGAGCGCAUGGGCCAGACCAUGGAGCGCAUCCGCUCAGGCGUGGAGCGCAUGGGUGCCGGCAUGGGCUUCGGCCUUGAGCGCAUGGCCGCUCCCAUCGACCGUGUGGGCCAGACCAUUGAGCGCAUGGGCUCUGGCGUGGAGCGCAUGGGCCCUGCCAUUGAGCGCAUGGGCCUGAGCAUGGAGCGCAUGGUGCCCGCAGGUAUGGGGGCUGGCCUGGAGCGCAUGGGCCCUGUGAUGGAUCGCAUGGCCACCGGCCUGGAGCGCAUGGGCGCCAACAACCUGGAGCGGAUGGGCCUGGAGCGCAUGGGCGCCAACAGCCUCGAGCGCAUGGGCCUGGAGCGCAUGGGCGCCAACAGCCUCGAGCGCAUGGGCCCCGCCAUGGGUGGCGGUGGCGGCGCCAGCUUUGACCGUGCCAUCGAGAUGGAGCGUGGCAACUUUGGAGGAAGCUUCGCAGGCUCCUUUGGUGGAGCUGGAGGCCAUGCUCCUGGGGUGGCCAGGAAGGCCUGCCAGAUAUUUGUGAGAAAUCUCCCAUUCGAUUUCACAUGGAAGAUGCUGAAGGACAAAUUCAACGAGUGUGGCCACGUGCUGUACGCCGAUAUCAAGAUGGAGAACGGGAAGUCCAAGGGGUGUGGUGUGGUUAAGUUCGAGUCGCCAGAGGUGGCCGAGAGAGCCUGCCGGAUGAUGAAUGGCAUGAAGCUGAGUGGCCGAGAGAUUGACGUUCGAAUUGAUAGAAAUGCUUAA